AAAUAUUGCUUUCGGGUUUCCCCAGUACGGGGAUAGGGAAUCACAAGGUGACGUAUUGGAUAGGGGCGUGGUUUCUGACGUAACGCUUUGACGUGGGCGGGGUUGUAUUGGGUAGGGGCGUGGUUUCUGAUGUCACACUUGUAUGUGGGCGGAGUUGGAUGUUCACGCAGGAUGCAGCGAGCCCCACUUGGGACUUUUUGCUCAUGUUUUUUAUUACUACCCUGCCAUCCUGACGACAUCUCCACUCACUGUCCUGCCCCAGAUGUUCAUUUCAUUAUUGCAAAUCGUCACAAAUCAUCGCAAGUCAUCACAAGCCAUCUCAUCAAAUUCAUCGUUGCUACAUACUGGUUGAUGCUCCUCACUGAAUGAAGGGAUGGACAUCUGGACAGCAGAGAAAAUAAUUCUUCUUGGUUUUCUGUUGAAAGGUGUUUGCUGUAGAGAUUUCAGCAUCAGUCUGCCACAGAACAUUCAAGCUCUCAGUGGAUCCUGUGUGACCAUAAAGUGCAGAUUUGAGAUUCAGGAAAAAUAUGACAAAAACCUCACUGAAAGAGCUACAGGACUGUGGUUCAAAGACGGGACUGAUGUGAACAACAAUCUAGUGUUUAACUCAAGCACAUCAAGCCAGAACUCCUUCAUGAAAGGGAAUAUAACUGGAAAAUUAAAAGACAAGAACUGUACCACUGUUUUUCAUGACCUCAGAUCAAAUCACAGUGGUCAAUAUUACUUCAGGAUUGAGGGUGAAGGUGAACUGAAAUGGACCUAUUCAGAAACAAGUGUUUCAAUUCAUGUGAUUGACUCUCCCACCAAACCCACAGUGCAGCUGUAUGUGGAGCAGAAGGAGGUGCAGGAUCAGGAGGAGGUGUUGGAGGGGAGAUCUGUGAGUCUGCGCUGCUCUGCUGAGACUCUCUGCUCCUCUCCUCCACCAACUCUCACAUGGAGCUCCACUCCCAGAAUCCCCCUCAGUGAGAGCAGCAGACUAGAGGAGCUCAUCUCUGAUCUGAACUUCACUGCUACUCACCGUCAGCACAGAGUCACUUUCACCUGCACUAUAACCUACCAGCUACAGGACAAGAACAAAACAGCACAGACCAACAUCACAUUACAUGUUCAGUAUGCCCCUAAAAUCUCUCCAUCCUCCAACUGUACCAGGACUGAUGUAACUGUGUGUUUCUGUGAGGCUGAUGGGAAUCCCUCUCCUGAACUGGAGUGGCAUCUGUCUGGAUGUCCUGUCACUAACUCUUCAAACAUGUUCAUCAGUGAAGAGCGAUUGAGCAGCACAGGCUUGAGGAGCUCCAUCACUUUUAAUCAGUCUCUCACACACACAUCCACUCUGCAGUGUGUCAGCAGAAACACUCAUGGCACUGCAAGUCACCAGUUUAAUUUGCUUCAUUCCACUCCUCAGGUGUCAGGUAAAUUUUAUAGACAUUAAUUUUUAAGGUCUAA